CACACAGAACUCUGAAGUCAGUUUCUAUCUCUGUAGCCUGCACUGCAUGUUUUCUUUGCUUGGAAUUUUGGCAGUCGUGUUUGGAAAAUAUCUUAGUGGAAAACAUUAAUUAAUUAAAUAAAAAGGAACUCAACGGUCACCAUGAGGAGUCUGCUUUCAAGGGGGAUACGGGUAACCCCUGUACACCCUGAGUGCUAGACAUGACUCUGGAGAAGGAAGUACAAGAGAGUACGUUACCACUGAAGAAAGUGGCUUUCGACAUGAGCCAGAUAAUGGAGAAUCUGGACACCAGGGACCUUGAUUUGGAGGAGGUGGAUUUCGAGCCUUAUGAUCCCAGCCUGCCAGUGAGUGCUCGAAUUCCCUUCUCUGCCAUUUACAAAACAAAGGGGUUUAAGGAAGCAGAUAUCCAGGUCUACCUCAAUGAAGUCCACAUUACUGCCAAAGUUCUGGAAGUAGAACGCGGUAUAAUUGCACAACAUGAGCGGGUUUCUUCAGCGCAACAAAGGCUGACAUCAAAGGUAAAACAUGCUGGUGUCUUCACAAUUGAACUGAAGCAUGGGGGGUUUACGUGGCAAGUGAGAAGGAAAGAAAAACACUUUCACGAGCUCCACAGAGAGCUGAUCACAUACAAGACCUUCAUGAGAAUUCCUAUUCCUACAAGAAGUCACACUGUAAGAAGGAAGACAAUUAAGAGAGAUGAAGUCCGACAGAUGCCCAGCCUGCCUCGCGGCAGUGAAAACCUGGCCCGAGAAGAGCAGUUCUCCAGUAGAAGGAAACAACUUGAAGACUAUCUGAAUAAGUUGUUAAAAACAGCUAUGUACAGAAACUACCACGCUACAUUGGAGUUUAUUGAUGUCAGUCAGAUGUCCUUCAUUUACGAGUUGGGACCAAAGGGCUUGGAGGGGAUGAUAAUGAAGCGUUCAGGGGGUCACCGGAUCCCUGACCUGAACUGUUGUGGUCGGCAUGAAAUCUGUUACCGCUGGUCCAAAAGGUGGUUAGUUGUUAAAGACUCAUUCAUAAUGUACAUGAAACCAGACACGGGAGCCAUUUCAUUUGUCAUGCUGGUGGAUAAGGAGUUUUGUGUAAAGAUGGGCCUCAAGGACACAGAGACUAAACACGGAGUUCGCAUUGACAGUCAGUCCAGAUCAUUGAUUCUGAAGUGUACCAGCUAUCGUCAUGCCCUGUGGUGGGGUCAGGCCCUUGAAGAUCAUAUUCAAAAACAUGGGAAAGCCUUUUUGCACGAUCACAGAUUUGGGUCCUUUGCAAGAGAACAAGAAAACACUCUGGCAAAAUGGUAUGUCAAUUCAAGUAUUUACAUGCAAGAUGUAGCGAAUGCUCUAGAAGAAGCCGCAGAAGAAAUCUUCAUCACCGACUGGUGGCUGAGUCCAGAGAUUUUUCUCAAGAGACCAGUUGUAGAGGGGAACCGUUGGAGGUUAGAUUGUAUUCUUAAACGCAAAGCUCAACAAGGUGUGAAGAUUUGUGUGAUGCUGUACAAAGAGGUGGAGCUGGCUUUGGGAAUCAACAGUGAGUACAGCAAGAGGACACUAAUGUGCCUUCAUCCUAACAUCAAGGUAAUGAGGCACCCUGACCAUGUCUCCUCCUCUGUGUAUCUGUGGGCCCACCAUGAGAAGCUGGUUGUUAUCGAUCAAUCCAUCGCAUUUGUAGGUGGGAUCGACCUGGCCUAUGGCAGAUGGGACGACAGAGAACACAGACUGACAGACGUUGGAAGCGUCACGCGAGCUAUAUCAACUGCCAGCUGCCUACUGUCAGACAAGAACACUAAAGGUCCAGGAGAAGAGAGCAUGCCACAUGACAAUGGCAGCAGACAGAAAGCCGGGGGCGAAGUGAAAGCUGCAGACAGUGUGGACUUAACCAAAUUGAAAGGAGUUGGUCGCUCAAGGAAAUACCCCCAGUUCAGCCUCCACAAACAAUUCCACAAACACCACCUGCAGCACGGAGACAGCAUCAGCAGCAUCGACAGCAGUGAAGGAAGUAAGUCCUCCAGGCCUGAGUCAGAGAAUUUAAUACCAGGUAAAAAGCCCCAUCUGAAGAUAUUCCACCGGGAACCCGGACAGGGGCUUUCUCAGUCCCAGGAUGAUAACGGCUCGAUAAGAAAUCUACAGACUGGAGUUGGACUGCUUCAAGGGGACACUCGCUUCUGGCAUGGGAAGGACUACUGCAAUUUUGUCUUCAAGGACUGGGUCCAGCUUGACAAACCUUUUGAUGAUUUUAUAGACAGGUAUACCACACCAAGAAUGCCAUGGCAUGACAUUGGUUCAGUGGUACAUGGGAAAGCAGCCAGAGAUGUAGCAAGGCACUUUAUACAACGCUGGAACUUCACAAAAAUUAUGAAGCCGAAGUACAGAUCCCUCUCCUAUCCAUACCUUUUGCCAAAAUCCCACACAACAGCAAAUGAUUUGAGGUUUCAGGUUCCAGACUGUGUGAAAACUAAAGUACAGGUGUUGCGCUCAGCUGCAGAUUGGUCAGCAGGUAUCAAGUGCCAUGAAGAAUCGAUCCACAAUGCCUAUGUUCAUGUAAUAGAGAACAGCAAACACUACAUCUACAUUGAGAACCAGUUUUUCAUCAGCUGCACUGAUAACCGGUUAGUUUUCAACAGGAUUGGAGACACUAUUGCUGCAAGGAUCCUCAGAGCUUACAGAGAGAAUAAGAGGUACCGCGUUUAUGUGGUGACACCUCUCUUACCUGGAUUUGAAGGAGACAUCUCCAGUGGAGGAGGGAGCGCUAUACAAGCAGUCAUGCACUUUAACUACAGGACAAUGAGCAAGGGCGAUAAUUCCAUCAUUUCACAACUGAAAGCAGAAAUGGGAAACCAGUGGAUUAACUACAUCUCAUUCUGUGGGCUGAGGACUCAUGCAGAGCUGGCGGGAAAGAUGGUCACCGAGCUCAUCUACGUUCACAGCAAGAUGCUGAUAGCUGACGACAACACUGUCAUCAUCGGCUCUGCAAACAUUAAUGAUCGAAGCAUGCUGGGGAAGCGAGACAGUGAAAUGGCAGUGAUCAUUGAAGACACGCAAACUGUACCCUCUGUAAUGGAUGGGGAGGACUACCAGGCAGGGGAACUGGGACUCCAGCUGCGGCUUGAGUGCUUCAAGUUGAUUCUAGGUGGCUUCACUGAUCCCACCAUUAAUGUAACUGACCCAAUCAGUGAAAGGUUCUUCAAGGAGGUGUGGGUAACAACAGCAGCACGCAAUGCGACUAUCUACGAGAAGGUUUUCAGAUGCCUGCCUUCCGAUGCAGUGCGAAACACUGUUGAGCUCAGCGAGUUCAUAGCUAAGCUUGGCCUGGAUACAGAGGACCCUGCCAAAGCCCUGGAAGAGCUGAAGAAGAUCCGGGGCUUCCUGGUGCAGUUCCCCUUGUACUUCCUGUGUGAGGAGAACCUACUUCCUUCUGUUGGGACAAAAGAACAUAUGGUUCCCACGGAGACCUGGACAUGAGGAAACACUCCCUUUCCCCAUCACAAUCUAGGCUUAAUCAAGCCGACUGAAAAUGAUUAAUACUGUAUACAAAAAACUACACAGCAGACGUGGAAAAAAAAUGGAAGACUGGUAGUUCUAAAACAUAAUGAACGGAAAUAAGGAAAUUCAACAAUGGAGGAAUCACACAGAUAGAGAAGAUGGUCUGAAAUGUUCGUUUUUUAGAAUUUUUUUAAUAGUUUUUUUGUUUUUUUAAUUGUCAAAAUAACAGUUAAUUUUCAUUAACAGCAUCACAUACAAGACUUAAAAGACACUUUUUUUGCAUGUAAAACAACCACAAAAGCACAUUUAACAGGUGGGAUCUGAUUACGGGGCUCUGCUAGAAUCGUACAAUGUUUUUAUAUUUCUUGAUCACCUGAAGGCCCAGAAUGUAAUAUUUCAGUGGAUGUUCGAGACUGGCACUUUAAUGUGGGCAUAUGUGAGUGGGGCCUUCUGAAAAAAAAAUUACUCAAAUCAUAUCCUUCAUAGACUUAUGUUAUGCCUGUAACUAAAUAUCAAAUAUAGCACCCUGGGUUCCUGGGUACUUACAUUCCUCUAGUAACCCUAAAGAUGCUUUUCUUUAUGGGGCUGCUUCUCAAAGCUUUCUUUUUUUUUUUUUUUCGGUUGUUAACAAACAAUAGCUAACCACCCCCAUAGAAAUUAUAUAUGGUGCCCAAAUAUGAAGUCCAAAAUCCACAAACUGCAUUAGAAAAUCCCGUGGAAGAACUUUGACCAGCAUUUGUGACUUUUUUUUUUUUUUUUUCUGCGAGCCCCAAACGGUGGCCACACUGGCACACUAUUUGAAUAAUUACUUUAAACUAGUAAGAAUUGCUUUGAUGUUUUAUCAUUUGUUUUUAAAUUUCAGUUACCCUUAAAUUAAUAUUAUUGUUAAUAUUAUAUAUAUUACCAAUGAAUUGUGGUUUUGCACAUGUACAAUGAAAUGAAAAGUAAUUUGUAAUUGUGUUAAAUGUCAAUGCCGCCAUUAAUUUUAUAAUUGUAAGAAAUAUUUCAAAAAGUAAAUACUAUCAGGUAAAGUAGUUUAUUAUUCUUUAAUGUAACAAUCAUUUCUGUUAUGAAAAAGUCAAGAAGUUUUAGUAAAUGUCUCAUUGUUGUAGUAUUUCAUUUUAACAGAAACUUAUAAUAACUUGAUUUAAAAAAGCCAUAUUACUCCAGCUUAUUUUAAACUCAGUGCUGUAACUGGUUUUAAUAUUGUAUUUUGUUUUGUUUAUGAAGCUCUAAUUUUUUAUCGAAUGUUUUGAAGUCCCAAAAUGAAAAUUUUAAUAACCAGUGGAAUUGCUGACUUGUCAACAUUUUUCAAGCAGUAUGCCAUUUUUUAAUCCGACAGUCUUGAUUAAGCAUUAGCCUUGCAAGAUAAACACUCUUUGGAAACAUGAUUGCUUUGUCGCUGGUGCAAGAAGUUUAAUGUCAUCUUUUGUGACACAGCUUAAAUUGAAUUUCAGCAAGAGCUGACAUUUUCUAUUAAGGAAGGUCAGUUGUGUUUGAAGGGCUGGUCAUCGUUUAUGCUCAGUGAAGUUUCUAAUGCAUUGUGAAUGUUCUUUUGGGGGGAGAAGACUUGCUGUACUAGUUAAUGCACUGCAUUCAAAUCCAGCAAGGUCAGGGAGGUGUAGCAGCCUACUGUCCACAUCUGGUUAAGAACACUGCAGAUGUGGAUGUGUUAAAUAUUCUUCACAUGUUCCUACUAUGAAGGGCUCAUUUUUCAUUUUACCAAUGUAAUUUCUUAAAAUAAGUUAAAUAGCUCUUGUUAAUUGUGUUGUUGUAACAGAAUGCUGUUAAAAUCAAUACAUUGCGUUAUUUUAUUUUGUGCUACACACAUUCAUAUUCUCAGAGGGAGUUUAGUGGAAGGUUUUGAGCUACUAGUGUGCAUUAAGUCCCUCUCAGCACACAGUUCACACAGCACACAGUUCAACACCAUCUGUGAAAGGAAGGGAUGCUUAGUGGUGCCUGCGAGCUCUGUGCAUUACAGUUUUCAGUGGCAUUGUCCAUCACAUUCAUGAUAACUAAAUUCACAGGCACCAAAUUUAUAGAUAUAU